AUGGCAUCUGGAAAUAUCGUGAAACUGGACAUUGGUGGCACCGUCUUCAAAACCACGAAAUCCACGUUGACAAGAUUCGAUGGAAUGCUCAAAGUGAUGAUGGAAACUGAAAUUCCUGUCGAAAAAGACGAAUCAGGAUGCAUUUUCAUCGAUCGCUCGCCAAAACAUUUCGAUGGAAUUCUGAAUUUUCUGAGAGAUGGUCAAGUGACGCUUCCGGAUUCCGAAAAAGAGAUUCUAGAAAUUCAACAAGAAGCUCAGUUUUAUCAAUUGGAUGGUUUGAUGGAAUUGUGCAAAAUACAAUUGGAGCCUACCAAUAACUUCCGAAUCAUUGAAACCGACAAGGAGAUGCUCGAAAUCAUCACUCAUCCAAAAAAAUCAGUUCUUGUUAUCCACCUUCCAGCUUAUCACGAUGGUACUAUUACAUACCCGCUUGGAUUUGAUGCAAACAUUUUAUCGACAAAAUAUGGAUCGAACUUUGACAUUUAUUACAAACCGUACAAAAUAAAUAACGAUCUUCCCAAGGAGGCAGCACCCAAAGCGCCUCCACACGCACAUCCCUGCAAGGAGGCCUUGAAGGAGCCCUUUUUCGUUAUUUAUCAGGCUGGCUGCAUUCAUGCCCGUCCACGACGACAUAUGCGUGGAACAGUGACGUUCAUGCAAGCGGUUGAAAACGAAAUCGCUCUACGUUAUAAAUUAAAUGAUUCCACUCUAAAGAUGUCAUCUGGAAAUAUCGUGAAACUGAACAUCGGCGGAACCGUCUUUCAAACCACGAAAUCCACGUUGACAAGAUUCGAUGGAAUGCUCAAAGUGAUGAUUGAAACUGAAAUCCCUGUCGAAAAAGACGAAUCCGGAUGCAUUUUCAUCGAUCGUGAUCCAACUCACUUCAGAUUAAUUCUGAAUUUUCUGAGAGAUGGUCAUGUGGCGCUUCCGGAUUCCGAAAAAGAGAUUCUAGAAAUUGAACAAGAAGCUCAGUUUUAUCUAUUGGAUGGUCUGAUGGAGUUGUGCAAAAGACAAUUGAAGCACUCUGCCGAAAAGAAAAUUCCACCCAACCAUAACCUUCGAAUCAUUGAAACUGACAAGGAGAUGCUCGAAAUCAUUACUCAUCCGAAAAAAGCAGUUCUUAUUUUCCACCUUCCAGUUACUAACGGUGGGAUUAUUAUUUACCCAGAUGGAUUUAAUGCCAACACUGUUUCGAUGAAGUAUGGAUCGAUUUUUGACAUUUAUUACAAACCGUAUAAAGCACAUCAAGACCUUCCCAGCGACCCGUAUUUCAAUAUUUAUGAGGUUAACUCCAUUCGUCUCGGUCCAAAUUCAUCAUUUUACCAGAAUAAAUUUUCCCAGUUCAUGGUACAGCUUGAACGCGGAAUCGCCAACCAUAUCCAAAACAAUGGUUAUUAA